GGGCAUGAUGUCGUUUGGACCCCAGCUCCUCGGAGUGUUUUGGUGUCUGGCCACGACUUGUGUGUUGUUAGAGAUCGUGAGCGCACUAAGCUGAAUGAGAUCUCAGUCCCCAGUCUUUCAGUGCCCCGUUAACACCGGGAUCUGAGGCUCCUCAAUCCCUUGCAACUUACCCUUCGCCUGGUUCAUUGCAGCGGAACUCUGAAGCCAAAGACAGACAGAGAGAGAGAGAAUUGUCAGCUCCACUUAGUGCACACGUUUAAAAUCUGCUGGAAUCUACCACACUGCGAAAAACUCAGCUUCCCACCGUAUUUCCCAGACAUAUCACUGUGUGCAAGCUCGACUCUCUUGAGAGUUCUGGUUUGCUCUGAGUUUCUUUGUGCUUUUGUAUUUUGAGUGCCCGCGACGAGUGUGAAUGCCCGAAGCUGCAAUGAUGAAUCGCAAAGGGAUGGUGGCCAAGAUUUUGUCCCGAAUACGGACCGACUCUUUCAACAGUAAUUACGCUCUCUUGGGAAAGGAGUUAGGAAGGGGAAAGUUUGCUGUUGUUAAGAAGUGCAUGGAAAAUGCCUCUGGAAAGGAAUACGCUGCCAAAUUCUUACGAAAGCGAAGGAAGGGACAGGAUUGCCGCAUGGAUAUUAUUAAUGAGAUCGCAAUCCUUGAGAUAGCAAAAAGCAACUCUCACGUGGUAGACUUGCACGAAGUAUAUGAGACGACUUCAGAAAUCAUUCUGGUGCUGGAAUAUGCUGCAGGUGGUGAAAUCUUUAACCAGUGCGUUGCUGACAAGGAUGAGGCCUUCAAAGAGAAAGAUGUUAUCCGUCUUGUGCGUCAGAUCCUAGAUGGAGUUUCUUAUUUGCAUGGGAAUAAUAUAGUGCACCUAGACCUGAAGCCACAGAACAUUUUGCUGACCAGCUGCAAUCCAUUGGGCAAUAUCCGGAUCGUUGACUUUGGACUGUCCAGGAAAGUGGACAGCAUUGAAGAGAUCAGGGAAAUUAUGGGUACUCCAGAGUAUGUAGCUCCUGAAAUAUUAAAUUAUGAGGCAAUCACAACAGCGACAGAUAUGUGGAGUAUCGGGGUGUUGGUCUACGUCAUGUUGACGGGCAUUUCACCUUUCCUUGGAGAUGACAAGCAAACCACUUAUCUCAAUAUUUCCAAAGUGGACAUUGACUACUCGGAAGACAUCUUUGAAGGCAUUUCCAAUUUGGCUUUAGAUUUCAUCCAGAGUCUCCUUAUUAAGGACCCUAGGAAACGAGCAAAAGCAGAACAGUGCCUAGACCACCCAUGGCUUUCAUCUAAACUAGAGGUGCCAAAACCCAUAACCGAGUCAGAGGAGGAGCAGUCUGAAUCCGAACAGAACAGCCCCGACUCUGAGGAACUGGUGCUGAUGGCCUCCUACACACUGUGUAGGCAGUUGGACAAGAACAUUGAAAUUGAGCGAGCGGCUGUGCACAAACAGUUCAAAUUUGAGGAGCCUUUCACAACGUUGCGAGAUUUUCUGAGUGCUUAACGUAUUCGGGACUGCAAGUACGCUGGCUUCAACUAGCUACACAGAGCACUGCAUUUGUUCACUGCUCAGAGUGCCACAUGGCUGAAUGCUCUGCAGGCUUUCAUUACUUAGGGCAAUUAACUUUUUAUUGGGCAUCAACCUGGUGUAAUAUAGAAUGGAUGGCCUGAAUAGAGCACAUGGUUUAAGGAGAAGAGUACAGUCUUUUUCUGGGGAACUAGUGCCCUCUUAAGCUUGGUGAUAGAGCUGAGAGAUUGGUAUGAAAAUACCUGGUUAAAACCAUGGCAGCUUUGUUAACAAACCGAUGAAUUCUGCAUCUCACUAUUUACUAAUGAAAGGUAAAUUUUGUGAUGGUUGAACCAAGAAACAUGGAAAGCAAAAUGUAGACUGUUUUUAAAGUGACAAUCUUACAUUCACCCAGUACUGUCGGGUUUCCUGAUUAUUGGCAGCUAGGUAUUGUCUUUCAGUGGUUUUAAAAAAAACUUCUCUUUGGCAUUGCUCCUUUAAGCAAAAAAACAGCUUGCAUUAUUUGAGUUUAACUCGGCUAUUCAGUGGAAGAGGCCUCUCUUCACAGUGUAACUGGAGAAAGUUCUUUGUUCUAGUUUACUGACAAGCAUCUUAACUCCACCUCACCCUUCCAGAAGAACAUUUUAAACUAGGCUUAUUUCUAGUUGGAAAUGGAAAUUAAGUGCUGUUUUUAACAGCCGUUAAAAAAACAAUAGAAGUCCAGCAGAAAAAAAUUGAUGUACAAAAUUGCCAUGAAAGUUGCCAAAUUGAUAAUAGGUAUGCUUUUAUCAUUUGCUUUGAAGGCAUACAAUAAUAGUUUUGUAUGCUUCAUAUAGUAAACAGUCCCACUUUGGUUCUCAUUCAUUUCAGUUCAAUUAUAGGGUCUGCCAUUUUUCACCUUGUAAUUGUACAAUACUGAGCACGUGAUUCUUUAUUGAGUUGGAGGAGAAUGUCAGGAUUGGGGUCAGUGGAGUCUAAAAUUCAAGUAAUGACGUUAAAUAAUAAUUGUCGUUCUGUGGGCCAUAGGACAUCUUAUGCAAAUUUCCUUGUAAAGCUGUACAUCGGAAUGUGUUGGGCUGCAAUGAAAUAAUGGCACAAAGAGCAUUAGUGCACAAAUUUUCUGUCUUUCUUGGGUUUAGGGAAUAAGUGUGUCUUUUUUUCUUAUUUAUUGUGUUCUGAUUAUCGAAAGAUUUUUGUCAGGGACUAGAAUGUAAUCAUUUUCUAAAGAAUAUUCCAGAAACAUAUCAGCAUUGUUAUUAAAGCAAUUUGACAUCUUGAUUAUCCACUCAUGGCUCCCUUCCUCCAAACGUUUGCGCACACAUUGUAAAGCUCUGGUGACUGUGUGAGGUAGAACAAAUAUAUAGUUUAAAAAUUGACAGUGCCUUGAUACUUAGCUAGACAUUGUGGGACCAGGUAUGUUCAAGUCUUUGAAAUGGGAAUGGAUAUGUGGAUUUUGAAUUCAUUCGGUAUCACCAGGCAUGAGGAACAUAGGAAUCUCUAGUAGGGCUGGGUGAGGGGGGUGGUGAUGGUGGGCAGCUGGAGGCAAAGAGCACCUUUGUGGCAUAUGUAGCAAACACACAAACUGUCACUUUAUUUUUUGUCACUGAUAUAAUAAUGUAAGGAAAUUCAGAAGCAAGUCAAUGUAGACUAGUGAAGUAAUCCAGUUUGUAUUGUAAACUGUGUGAAUGUUCAAACCAACAAUUGAGCAAGUCAGGAAUGUAACGUUGUGCUAGCAAUGUGCUGUAUUUCACUUUUGAGGCUUGAUGUAUGAGGCCUAAUUAGCAAAGGCCACCGCCUGUGUUUCUGGGUUUGGUCUAAUCCUGACCUUCGUGUUUGCACAUUAUUAAGUUCAAAAGGAGGAGGGAUGGAUAGAAGAGUAUUUUGUAAUAAAACAAACUUUUUCUUUCCAAAAAUUGCAACAGCCAGUGUUAUCUGCACAAGAAUGCACAGUCUGCCCUUCUUCUGUUCCUUUCUCUUAAAUUCCUGACUAAUAUAGACCAAAAAAAACUUUGGAUUGUAAGAAGUAUCAAGACAUUGAUUGCAAAACUGAGUCUGUCGCACAGCAGUCUUUGCCAUGUGGCCUUUAGGAAGUCGAUCACCCAACUUAAAUGAUAUGUUGUUUCAAGCCAGAUUCCUGUUGUAUAUUAUAGAGUUCAAAGACUUGAGGUAUGGAAUUUUGUAUUGUAUUUUGUUUUCAACAGUAUGAAAUAAUUAUUCAGAUAUGUUCUUCAUUCAGAGUCUGUUGGCCAAGUGUAAAGACUGUGCUGAACUGAUAAGGGGAGACUUUGUUUUGUAUUUCAAUGGGCACCUCCUGCUUUAAGGUAACAUUGGAGUUAUUCAGUACAAAUAACGGGCAGUCGGUAUUGGCAUGAGGCAUUUCCCAACAGAUCACAUCCUGUUCAGUAAGGAACUGAAUUUUCCAGAGCACAGAAUUAGUCUCCAGACAUUAUACACAGUUGCUUUAAUGUACUUCGGUGACAAUGUGGGAGAGGAACAAAGACCGUGGUGGCACAUUAGUGUCACAAGUCAAUGCAGACUGCCACAGGUAGGAAGAUAGGCAGAAUCGCUCAAUAAUCGGUGGUUCUGUGAAAAUGGGAUUUUUUUUAUUGAUAAAUGUUAAGGCUGCUGGAAAUCUGCCUUGUGACCAGAAAUGGUUGUCAGGUUAACUGGAGGGAGAGGACCAUGUUGCUUAAUUUUGAAAAAUCGACAAAACAUUAGUUAAGGUAAAGCGUUCAUUGUUUAGUGAUGCCACUUGUUUUAAGUAUAUUGGGGACACCACUAGUAGUCAUUAACCAGUUUAAUUUAAAUGGAUUAAUGGGAGAAUAGCAGCCAAAGGUGGGUUGAAUGUUAAAGCAGCUUCUAUUCCUGCCUCCCUUUUCUAUGGGUUUCAGAAUGAAUUCUGUUCUAAUAUGGACACUUAACACAGACAAAUUCCUCUCUGCUCCACUUUAGUUCCAUUGUUAACCCAUCUGAGAAUUCAAACGUGUUUAAUGUUCAUAGAAGAACAAAAAAUAUCUGAGAUUCAACAUUUGCGAUUCUAAAAGGAGUUCAUGUUAUCAAUAAUUUCUAAAAAGGCCCACACUUGAAGAUUGGUAGAAUAGACGAUGCCGAUUACAGGUGACACAUGGUGCAGGGCAGGAAAGACAGGAGAAAAAUACCUUAGAAUGAACAGGUCUUGCAUAUACCUCUUCACACCAUAACACAGGAAAAAGUUUAGAGCCCUAAGGACCAACAGUGGGUUUGAUCUAAUGGUACAUGCAGGGAAAAACUGUGCAUUUUUGACCCUUUGUUUUAAUGGUUUUGAAUUAGCAGAAAAUAUUCCUUACUUUCACAUUACUAUUGAAGCAUGUUUCUUUUGUAAUGUAAAAGUGUCACAUCUUGGUAUACAAAGCAAUGGCAUGAGCACAGGCUUUAUAAAGAAUAUAACCAUCAUAUUAAGCAAUCAGGUGGAUAAAUAUUCAAACUGCAUAAUUAACUACUGUAAUUCCACUGGACGACUAUGUAUGUCUGAUAAUUCCUUAAAGUAGGGCAUGUUUGUUGGACCAGAUUAUUGAAAUGUAAUAAUUGUAAUUAUUUUUCCUUUCAAAUGCUGCUGACUUUUCAGCAUCUCCACAAACAAGAAUAUAAUGUACAAUUUAUUUUAUGUGAUAGUUUUGACAGCAAAACUGAUGAUAAAGGUACUGUUUGACAUUGUCCAUGUAAUGUGCUUUUUUUUACAAUAAUAAAACAUAUUAUUUAAUUCAA